AUGAGAUCAAAGUGGAUGAUAAUUAAACUUGUCAACAUUGAAAACAAGACUUCAGAUAUUGACACAAUGAGUACAGUAAAGGAUGUCACAGUAGAAAUACUUCAGGACGUUCAAAAUACACAAGAGGUUGUAGCUACUGGCUCACCACCAAAACCACUGUUUACACCUUCUAAGAAACCUGGAAGAAAAUAUAAAAGUGAGGAAAAGACCAGCAAGUAUAGCCAAUACUGA